AUGUCCUACGCCAACAACCUCGCGCCCAUCGCCUGCCUCUCGGGCGCCACCGCUGUCGCGCUCGGCGCGUUUGGCGCACACAGCCUCAAGGACCGCCUCUCCUCGUACCAGCAGGAGUCGUGGAAGACGGCCGUCUCCUACCAACUCGUCCACUCCGGCGUGCUGCUCCUCGUCGCCACGCUCCCCGCGCUGCCCAGCUCGUCGCAGGCCGGCGGCGCGCGCAGCUUUGCCGCCGCGGCCCUCGGCUCGGGCAUUGCCCUCUUCUCCGGCUCGAUCUACGGCCUCUGCCUCACCAAGGAGGGCGACGGCAUCCGCAAGGCUCUGGGCCCCGCGACGCCCAUCGGCGGCCUCGCGCUCAUCGCCGGCUGGGUCAGCCUGGCCGUCAGCUUCCGUGGCGGCAUUGCGCCGCGCCUGCGCUGAGCCGGCGCUGCAGACCCGCCAUACCCUGCUCCGUAUGCCACCCCUCCCUUUCCCCAGCAAUGCAGCUGCUCUCACACAGGUGCGGUGCGGAGCGAAUAGUGACACAGACGAGAACUAGAGUACAGGCGCGCGCCGGCGACGGC